UACGGUCGCCUUCCGAUAUCUCGUAUAGCGUGCGCGGUGUAUAGUCCGGCGAUAUAUUGUCAUCAUCGACCAACGUAUAGUGCAGAAAUGUUCAUAAUUGAACAACUUGUCAAGUUGAAGAAAAAGAAGAAAGGUUUACAAAGGUGGACGUGAACAAUUCCUGCAAAAAUUGUCAUUGAGUGCGCAUUACAAUAAUUUAUUCUUUUUAAAACUCUGCAAGAUUGAUGAUUGGGACCUGCCGGAUUCUCUGUAUGAUUAACAAUCUUCUGCAUCGAUCCUCACGUCAUAAUUAAUGACGACAUGACGUUCGGCAUGAGAAUUUCAAAUCUCCGAUGAAGUUUCAUAUUACAUUGGUGAUCCAGACAUAUUUAACUAUUUAUGACUUCAAUCAGUCUUAUUUAUUACUGUUAUAAUACACGGAAGAGCCGAACACUACAUUUCAAUAAUCAAAUACGAUUUUUCACAAGACACAGAUUUUAUAUUCCUAGAUGUCAUGAUUUUCGUAAACCUGUGCUAUAGCUACAAUAACCAGUAAUGUUGAUGUUUCUGCAAAUCAAGAAACUCAAGAAAGGAUUGAUGAUGACGAAACGUGAUAAACUAAUAAGUUUUCUUAAACUUGUUCGACGGUAUUAAAGAAGAUUGUGACCAGUGCCAAAAGUACAUUGAUUUAUAUAUUAUAUAUAAAAAUGCAACUACGCGCCGGAAAUUAUAGUGACGACUACACGGAAGUUAUCGUCAAUGAAAUACAAAGGAAUUACCUUAAACGCGUUGACUGCCAUACCGAAUUAAAAGACUAAAGCUUAAUAGUGUGAUAAUAGAUAUUAACAAUAAUUUUUACAUAUUAUAUUUCAAUAUUGUGUGAAAAAAAGUCGAAUAGAAGAAAAGAAGACGAUUGAUAAACAAAUAGUAACGAUUAUUUAAAGUGUUAAAGCUCAUUGUAAAACGUGCCAUAACUGUUGUAAUGCAAAACACACAAUACUGGAGAGAAAAUAAUGCAAAGUAUUAUAAAACAAUCGUUAUAUAAUAAAUAUAAGGCAUCUCAACACUGAUCAACAACCUUAAACUAACGUUGCAAUUUGAUUCAAUGCUGACAAUUUGAAUAAAGCCACUCCGACAUCACUCUUAUUCAGUGCACAACAGCAAUUAAAUCUACAAUUCACUUUCUUGAAGUACUCCCGCAAGACAUUAUUUUUUAAUCUCGCGACGCCUUGAACCGCGCGAGAAAACGGCUAUUGUGCGCGAAAGAGAAAGAUUAUGUUCCGCACGUAGUACCGGAGAGAUCGGUUCCGCUCGAUUUUAAUCCCAUCGAGCUCAAGGAGUCAUGGACGUGAGCGUGGAGGAGACCGAGCUCGACGUCGGCUCGGCGAGCGACGAGCUGGAGUCGUCGGUCGCGGAGCCGAAACACGCGCGACGCCCGACGCCGCGGCCCUUCACGAUCGAGAGCUUGAUCGGUAGCGCGCGCGAGGAUCACGAUACCGGUGGCGGCGGUGUUACACGGGAUGACCGGACGAACGGCAGCGAGGAGGAAGAACACCGGGAUCGGGAAUACCAGCUCUAUCAGAGGCACUACCUGGCGACCGCGGCAGCGAGCACGCUACCCUCCGGUUUCGGCGUGCCGCUUGGAUUGUAUAGCGCUUGGCUACCGAUGCGAAUGUACGGUGGCAGCGGUGCAUCCAGCAUCUCGAUGCUGCCGCCGCAGCAUCCGUCUGCCGGCUACGCGGGUCACCCGGAACUGCAUCAGAGCCGACUGUCGCAGCCCUCCGCACCGCCGUCCAGUCAUCCGCAGGGAUACUAUCCACUGGAUAGUUGCCGUCGUAUCACGAAUCAGCGUGCGCCGAGUAGCUUCACCGACAGCGAGGACGAGGACGGCAGCGUCGGUUCGCCGGUGUCACCGGCUCACGAUCUUUCUAAAUCCCGGCACGGAUCUGAAAACGGUCGUGCAUCAGCCGAGAGCGACGAAGAGGUCGUCGGAGCUGCGGGUUCCGGCGAGGGUCACGACGUUUCUGACGGUGUCGUCAGCGGGGUCGGCAAUGCCGCCCCAAGCCCUAGCAGGCCCUUAGAGAACGGACAGAACUCGUCGGCAUCGGGUGCCGGUGGCAACAAAGCUCGCCGGCGACGUACCGCGUUCACUUCGGAACAGCUGCUCGAACUGGAGCGCGAAUUCCACGCCAAGAAGUACCUGAGCCUAACAGAACGCUCGCACAUAGCGCACGCGUUGAAGCUGUCGGAGGUGCAGGUGAAGAUCUGGUUCCAGAACCGACGUGCCAAGUGGAAACGGGUGAAGGCCGGGCUGAGCGGCGGAGGCGUCGGCGUCGGUUCGGCGGCGGCGGCCAUGGCGCCCUCCGGCGCUUCUGGCCGCCACAACGGUACCACGGGGCAGCAUACUUCCGGUACUAGAAUCGUAGUGCCGAUACCGGUGCACGUGAGCCGUUUGGCAGUUCGAUCUCAUCACCAUCAUCUGGAGAAGUGCGCGAGGGCGCCGCGCGCGAGACCGACGUCGUCCUCGGGUGAGGGUGGGUCCUCGGGAGUGUCGUCGUCGGUGUUGGGCGAUACCUUGGGACUGGUGAAUACAUCGGUGAACCUGACCGGCCAGGUACAGCCACCUCUGGGCGCCGGUAUGGGGGUAGAAAUUGGGGUCGGGGGUGGUUUAAGGGCCUUUGCGGUGCCGGCGCAUCGGGCCGGUCUCGGGUCCUCCGGGAGGUAGUGAACGUGGACGAUGAACUUGGAUGUGCGACGGCGGGACUCGAGAGGAAUGAAGGUAGAUCGAUAACCGGUUGUAAAACGCGCGCCCGAUAAGACGAAGUCGAGUUCUCGUUCUAAAAUUGGAUAUAAUGUUGAUCAAAAGUUUAAAAGCAGCAAUGACAAAUGUGAAACGUUAUAAGAAGAUAUAAGCACAAACUUUCUCUUUGUCUUGUAUAACUUUUAUCUAUUGAAAUGCUCGCUGAGACAAAACAAACACUGAAUUGAACAGUUUUUUUUAUUAAAGUCAGAUUGUUGUGCGUGAAAAAUAAAAAACAAAUAUCUUUUUUUAUAUUUUCAGUAAUUAUUCCAUGAUGUGUUAGUUUCCCCUCUACUCAAUUUACUUUCUAUUGCAUCGGUCCAGAUUUUCUAAAUACGCGAAAGUCGAUUAACUCGUAUCUCGAGUGCUUGAUUCUUCGAAAAACGAGGGGUUCUGAGACUUCACGUCGCGCGCAUUGUAAAUAACAAGUCCUGGAAGUUGUAAAUAUACACGUACACGUAGAUAGUAACUUCGCAUAAACACACCGUAGCUUGUACUUGCUGUAGAUAGUUUACGUUAAGCAGUGGGUUUCAGCUCGGCGCGGCGGGCAACUAUAUUACGUGGUAGCGAUAUCGCGUAUCGAUCAGCCGUGCGAUCAUUGCAGCUGCAUUACACUGGCGAAACGUCACAAUGAGGCGGAAGCGCACAAAAUGUCGGACUAUAGACUUGCAUACGUUGUAAUAUCGUGUCGGCAAUAAAACGUGCGAGUGUAAUCCGAAAUAUAUAUCCUUUGCCUUCUAUACCUUAUGCCCACUCGGUACAACUGUGACUACAACUAUACCAUCAAAGAAGACGGCUCGUUAGAAGAGUGACACUUGCGCAGCCCUUCGGCAUCUAAAAAUGU